UUCAAGCAGUCCACUGGCCUCAGCCUCCCAAAGUGCUGGGAUUACAGGCAUGAGCCACCACACCCCACCCAGGGUGUGAUUCUCUUUUUGAGAAGCUGCCUCUGGCUGGCCAGCGGAGAGGGAGCUGUGAGGGGGCACAGACUCGGCAGGGAACACUGGAGGCCUGGGCUGGGAUGGGGAACGUGAGGUGGGCAGGAAGCGAGGGCCCAGGCCUCAGGGAAAAACACGGGAUGGCUUGCUGCCUGCAUCACCCGGUGCUGUGGGGUUGACCCAGAAUUCCAGCUGAUUGGGCCAUUCAGGAAGGGCACCCAAGCCAGAAAGCUGGAUCAAGCCUUUCCUGAACCCCACCCAGUGAAUGCAGCCUCCCUGAGGAGGGAGAAGGGGAAGCCACAGAGGGUGCGGCUGGUGCUCCCAGGCCCCUGGGAGGCACCAGGAAGGGGUCCUGUCGGCAGAGACCACGUCCCAGCAGGAGCGGCUGCAGGCCAUUGCAGAGAAGCGGAAGCGGCAGGCGGAGAUUGAGAACAAGCGUCGGCAGCUGGAGGACGAGCGGAGGCAGCUGCAGCACCUGAAGUCCAAGGCACUACGGGAGCGCUGGCUGCUGGAGGGGACGCCGUCCUCGGCCUCAGAGGGGGACGAGGACCUGAGGAGGCAGAUGCAGGAGGACGAGCAGAAGACACGGCAGCUGGAGGACUCAGUGUCCAGGUUGGAGAAGGAAAUCGAAGUCCUGGAGCAUGGAGACUCCACCCCAGCCUCUGCCAAGGAGAACACAGCGGCCCCGAGCCCAGCCAAGGAGGAGCGCAAGGCAGAGGUGGUGAUGAAUUCACAGCAGACCCCGGUGGGCACACCCAAAGAGAAACGCGUCUCCAACACGCCCGUGAGGACGGUCAACGGGUCCCCCAUGAUGAAGGCAGCCAUGUACUCGGUUGAGAUCACUGUGGAGAAGGACAAGGUGACUGGGGAGACCCGGGUGCUGUCCAGCACCACGCUGCUCCCACGGCAGCCCCUCCCUCAGGGCAUCAAAGUCUACGAGGACGAGACCAAAGUGGUCCAUGCUGUGGACGGCACCGCCGAGAACGGGAUCCACCCCUUGAGCUCCUCCGAGGUGGACGAACUCAUCCACAAAGCGGACGAGGUCACGAUGAGCGAGGCAGGGUCCACGGCAGGGGCCGCAGAGACCCGGGGAGCCGUGGAGGAGGCGGCCCGGACCACGCCCUCCCGGCGUGAGAUCACCGGGGUGCAGGCACAGCCAGGCGAGGCCACGUCGGGCCCGCCGGGGAUCCAGCCGGGCCAGGAGCCCCCGGUCACCAUGAUCUUCAUGGGUUACCAGAACGUGGAGGACGAGGCAGAGACCAAGAAGGUGCUGGGCCUUCAAGACACCAUCACGGCGGAGCUGGUGGUCAUCGAAGACGCCGCGGAGCCCAAGGAGCCCGCCCCGCCCAAUGGCAGUGCGGCCGAGCCUCCCACAGAGGCGGGCACCAGGGAGGAGAACCAGGCGGGGCCCAAGGCCACCACCAGCGACCCCCAGGACCUCGACAUGAAGAAACAGCGCUGUAAAUGCUGCUCCAUCAUGUGAGCCGGCCCGGCCCCUGAGACCCCGGCCCCCACCCCCACCACAGACACCCACCAGCCCGGCCCCUCCCGGCGCCUGCCCACCCUCCACCCACAGCCUAGGACCGGGCGAGUUGUUACAUGUUCCUUCCGAGUUUUCUUUCACUGGAAAGAGGGACAGGGGCCCCCGCCUGUCACCAUGCCCCAACACUCCCCCCGAACCAGAGCCGUGCUCUUGCGCCUGGUAGGAGAGGACAGGGCAGACCCGCUUUUCCCGAAACGAGGCCCCCCCACGUCACGGCAGCUUCGCAGACGCGGCUCGCGCCCACCGAGGUCCUGGCUGGUGGAACCCGCGGCCUCCACGUGGCCUAGGCCAGCCUGCCACCCUCUGGGCCUCCCGCCUGUGCCUUUCUCUGAGGGGACACCCCGCCAGAGAGGGCCCCGGGAGCUGGGGGGCACUGGGGCCUGCUCAGUCCCCAGAAGGGGACUCCACGGGGUUUCCCAGCAAAGGCGCUGGCCCCCCAAUCUCAGGCAGUUGGGGUGAGGCCGUGCCUCUUUUGGGGCUCAAGGUCUUGGGUGGAGGAAGAGCCCCUCUGGCACCCCCAGCCUGCUGUGCCCCCAUGCCCUCCAUGGGCCCAACCAGUGGACAGUGGAGUCUGAGGGAGGGGUACACCUCGGGUCAUCCCCCCACUCGGGAGGGGCCUGUAACCCCUGGGCUGUCUUCUAGAUGGGGUGAACCAGGGGUCAUUGAUGUGCCCCUGCACAGGGCAGGGACCGAGUGAGCCACUCCUUGCCCUGAGCUUCCAACCCCACUGGGCCCUCCUUCCUCCUGGUGCUAAUUUGGGGACCCUAGGGGCCGCCCCCGGCCUCUUCUCCAACCUGCUUGGACCAGGGUCCUGGGUCUUCCCAACCAAAUCCCAGAGAUCAGGCCCCAUCUGCCAGCUCUACUGGGCUUGGAGCAUGUCCGGGCAGUAGAGGGAGGGACACGGCCUGGGACAGGAA